AUGGUCAACUCCGGACCCAACAUCAAAGGAACGGGGAAGAAGGACGGAAGCACAGCAGAGCUUCGGCCGUCCGACACCAUCGCCGUCGAACAACCGAAGCACCUUCCACCCGACCGAAUCCGCCGCAGUCCUCCGCCCACCACCGCCCCGCCUCUGCCAUCACCACUGGCCGGAGGCGAAACGAUGGGGAAAAGGGAAAAGAACAGAGAACGCGGCGGAACUUCGAAACCCACCUCCCUUCACCACUCACCGGAAAACCGAAGUAGCCCGCUGGUCGGCCAAAGAAAUACCGACCCAAUCUUAAGAGAUGAGGCUAACCUGAGCAAGCGACGAGAGAGCGCGAGAAGCCGGGCGAAGGCCAGGCGGCCAUUGAUGACCACCGAUUCGAGCUUAAUUGCCGCUGAGGAAGGCCAAUCGACUCGGGAUUGA